UCCACACUCAAUGUCAUUGAAAUCAAACCCAACUCUCUCUCUCUCUCUCUGCGUACUGACAGCAACUACGACAACGAAGAGAAUAUGUUGCCGCCGUACCUCAGCCCGACACGCUUCCUAGAAGUCUAUCUCCGCCGCAGCCUCACGGCGGCGGGGCUCACGCAGCGGACGGUGGCCAUCGGAGAAACCACCGUUCACUUGUGGGGCCCACCGCCGGAGAGUCGAUCGGAUAAGGAGAAACCGGCGUUGCUUCUCCUCCACGGCUUCGGCCCCUCCGCCGUGUGGCAGUGGCGGAGACAGGUCCAGGCCUUCUCCUCUUCCUUCCGCCUCUACCUCCCCGAUCUCGUCUUCUUCGGCCUCUCCUCCUCUUCCUCCCACCAACGCUCCGAGAUUUUCCAGGCGGAGUGCAUGGCGAAGGUGAUGGAGAAAGAAGGGGUGGAGAAAUUCCACGUAGUGGGGACGAGCUACGGUGGGAUCGUGGCGUACCACAUGGCGAGGCUGUAUCCGGACAAAGUGGAUAAGGUCGUGAUCGCCAGCUCCGGCAUCAACAUGCGGCGGAGCGAUAACUCCGAUCUCUUGAAAAGGGCCAGCUGCCGCCGCAUCGAGGAGCUCAUGCUGCCGUCCUCCGCCGCCGAUCUCCGCCGGCUCCUCGCCUUGGCCUCGUCCUCCCAAUCCCUCCAUAUGUUACCCGAUUUCAUAUGGAACGAUUUCAUCGAUAAAUUGUAUCGAGAGAAUAGAGAGAAGAAAGUAGAACUAUUGGAGAAUUUAACUCUGGGCAAAGAUGAGAAAUCGAAUGUGGCUUCUCUUUCUCAGGAGGUUUUAGUAAUUUGGGGAGAUCAAGAUCAGAUAUUUCCUGUAAAGAUGGCUUACGAGCUCAAAGAGAUUCUUGGACCGAAGACGAGGUUAGAAAUUAUUAAAGAUACAUCGCAUAUCCCCCAACUGGAACGAUCACAGGAGUUCAACGACGCCGUUUUGGAAUUCCUAAAUUCAAUGGAGUGAUCUUAUCCUUAUGCAUUGAUUUGGUCAUGAAACUUAAAGCAUGUAUUAUUAUUAAAUUAUGAUUCCAAUUUUGUUAAUAGGGUCUUGCGAGAAUCAAUAUGUUGUGGAGACACCUCCCAAAACAAGUAUUUAUUUCCUUAAUUCAAAAUUAAACCACUAGGUACCUAUGGACACUUUUUCA